AUGUCGUCUUUCUCAAUGCGGCAGCGCACGCACCGGCCGACUGCGGCCACCGUCGCAGGGGGCGGCAACAAAGCCCGCCCGAUCCACGGCUCGCCGCGACAGCUGCAGCUCUGCAAGGAGAUCCUUUUCGCGGGCUUCCCCUGCCAGCUGCCCUAUCAGCGGAGCAGCGGCGCUGCUUUCGCCUCUUCCUCUCCCGCGACGAAUCCCACCCCCUCCAAGAACCCCGACGUGCGGCCCCUCUCGAAGAAGUUCGUCUUCGGUUUCUUCCAGCAGUACGGCACGGUCGAGGACUUUGUCUACGAUGAAGCACGCGGCAUCGGCAGCGUCGUCUUCGCGGACGGGGCGGACGCGCAGGGAUGCUACUUAGCCGUGCACCUCUCCUUCCUUCCAGCCGUCACCGCUGACGGCGGCGUCGGUCAGACGACGUGGGAGCAGGACACCGCAGGCGAGGACUUGGCGGAGCGCAGGGCUCGCCCAAGCGACUUGCUGCUGUGCUUGGAGUUUGCGCACUGCUGUCCCUUUGUGAACCCGGUGCUGCUGACGAAGGAUGUCUUUGUCGAUGGCGGCAGUGCGCACUGCGAGGUGCCGGGCGGCGAUCUGAGUCGCGCAACACUGUUCCACCGCUUUCCACAGCUGCUGAUGCCGCCACCACCGUCGUCGUUACCGCAACAGCCGGUGGCCUCGCACGCUGUGAUGCGCUGGCGGGAGGAGGGCGAUGGCGGGGACGCUCUUCACGGCUCCCCUGCGCAUGAGCAGAGUCAUCCGUCCCGCAUGGAAGUCAUCAGCGACGACGAAGAUAAAGACGGAAGCAGCGGCAGCGGCAGCGGCGCCACGGCGAAGCGAAGGCCGUCCGCCUCACAGGCGGCAGAGGCACGUCGCGUCACGCCGGUCGGUCCGCACUUCCCCGGUCGUGGUGUCGCUCCGGUGGAGGUGGAGGCGGCGUUGUGGCAGCUGCUGCGUCCCUCGCACGUUGCCCCAUCCCCGCGCAACGUUGCGACGGUGUUGGAUCUGUGGUGGGAGUACUAUAACCUGUACGUGCUCCACAAGACGCAGCCGGCGGAGUCGCGCAUCGAGGACAGCGCCUUCCGCUACGCCUCGCGUCCCUCGCUCGUGCAGGAGCUGCUCGAAGUUCGAAAGCAAGGCCGCGAGUACGCGCACGGCGAUGAGGAGGCGGCCCAGCAGGUCCUGCAGCGCCUCGUCUACGACCACGGCUUCCACAACGUCCUCACCUACUUAACGGUGAAGCAGAAGUUCAAGUACGACCCGGUGUGGGCCAGCUUCAUGCGCGACCUGUACAAGCCGAAGCUCGCCCUGCAAGUGGCGGCGUGGCAGUCGCUAAUGGCAGAGGAGGAAGAAGGGAAAAGCUCAAAGAAAGGCGAAACGGCGGCGGCGGCAGCGGCGGAGGAGGGGGAGGUCAGCGAAGCCCGUCGUCGCCGCAUCGUGGUGAAGGCGAUCCAGGAGCUGCACGAGCCGCAGCCGAAGAAGGCGCGUGAUGUGGAGUGGGUGCAGCGGGCAGAGCAGACGUGGUUCGCCAUGCCGCGCACCACCGCCGCGGCCAACGUGGUGGACAACGUAAAGUUCCUGCGGAAAGUGAAGCGAGGCGAGGUGGACCGCAACGGCGUCGAUAAGGACGUCAGCCAGCAGCCCCCGCUGCCCACGCAGCAGAAGGGAGCGGCGGCAGAGGAGGAGGAGGAUGUAACCGCGGCGAGCAUCCAAGACGCCUACCCGUCCAUGAGCGCACGGCAGAAGGAGGAGCAGCUGUACUCGGAGGUGCUGCAGAACCUGGACGGGUACGUCGCUGUCGGCACCGCCGAGGAGCUCGUGGCCAUGUGCGAGGACCCGAAGCUGUUUCGCUACGCGCGGGGUCACAUCGGCUAUGAGGAGGCGCAUCAUCAGCCGUCGUACUGGCUGGCCUACCUAAACGCGCUGUGGGUUCCACUCAUCGCCCUCCUCUUAAUGGGCUUUGGCUCCUACUACAUCGUGGAUCGGCUCGGUAUUAGUAAGGUGAACGAGAUGCGGCAGAAGGAACAGCAGCAGCGCGAGUUUCAUGAGCAGCUGCGUCGGCUGGUGGAGCAGCAACGGCGUAUGAUGAACACGACGUUUGCGGCGGGCAACACCAAAGAGAUGCGGGCCGCGAUGCAGGACAUGAAUGCGACGAUGCGCAAGGCGGCCGAGGCGGCGCGGAAGGCGGGAGGGAAAUUUAACGUGGAGCUCCGCGGAGACUUGUGA